AUGAUACCCAGCGAUGCCUCCUUGCCGCUGCUGCAGACAAAGACCGCCUUUCUGAUAGACCUUGAGCCUGUUAUUGAAUCCCACAUAGUCAGCAACCUGUUGCACCAGCUGCUUUUCUCCUUGCGUAUCCCCCAGGACCGCGUGAAGCUAAGGGAUGAGGCCUUCAUGCUGUCCUCGCCUUCCAACCGUCGGCAGGCUGCCUCUUUGGGCCGCUGGCUCGUAGCAGAGGCUGCUACGCUACCGCAGCAAGUUGAAUUUAUUUUUGUUUGCUCCGCGUACACCCGAAUCACCCCAGGCGUUCUGGAGGCCCUUCUCAGAGAGAUACUGCACAAGGCGCGGGGAGAGUCUCUCGGUCCAUUUAUCCUCGGCUGGGGUCUCACUGAUCAGAAAAGCACCAUCCUUCAUCAUUUUGAGGCCCCAAAUUCUCUAGUGUAUCCUCACCUGGAUGCAGGGACCCUCUGGUCUCGAGCGGCAUUGGAUGCCCUUAAAAUUGCCGUCCUCGAGACGCCCCCUGCAGUUAGCAUCGAGAAAGAUUUCGUCUAUGAGCUGUUUGUACACUUGAAAAAGACGCAGCAGCUACAGCUGCUUCACUCGGAGCUCUUCUGCCCGGCCGCCCCCCUCGUGGAGGACUAUGAAAGGGCUCAAAACGUCUAUCCCCCGCCUCACACGCUGCCCAAGAAGCUCGCAGGCUUCGAGGCCUCUGCUGCCGCCAACAAUCGAGAGCUAUCUUCUGCAGAGUCAACAGCGGCAGCGGCAGGAAGGGCUGUCGCCGAUUUGCAACAAAGCUGCGCCGCCUACUCGAGCGGAACCCGCCAUGCCCCGGUCCUCUCUCACCAAAUGUUUGAUGGCCUUAUAGACUUCGAUGAAGAACUCAUUGUACAGCGGGAAAAGCUUGCCGACCGCUUUCCUCCCGAUGAGAGGGAUAUUGAGGGGGGACCCUACCAGAAAGCUUUGGAAGAGUUAGAGAAGACUCGCCCGGCCUUUAUUGUGGACCCUCAGGACCUUAUGGUUGCCGUCAAGACACAUGGGGGCAAUCACGCUACGCGGCUGCCCCUGCUGCGGCGGCUGUGGGCUUCUAAAGAGGCGCUGCUGAAGCAAGCACAACAGCACUUGGGGGAAGACCACCAUGCCCAUGCUCACAUGGUGAAGGAGGAACAGAAGCAGCUAGAGGAGGUCUAUGGGGCCCUGUUACUCCGCUUUUUUUCAGACACGGCAGAUGCAAAACGGGGGAUAGAGGCCCCAGAGAUUGCGGGCGCUCCCGCAGGCAAAGCCGGCUUGUGUUUGCGGCUGCAGCACAUUUUGAGAGAAUUCUUGGGAACCCCUGAGACUCGCCGCUUCCUUGUCGUGACGGACGACGACACGCUUUUAAACUUCAGGCACGCAAUGGAUCUGUUGUCGCUCACGCUGCAGCCUCCAAUUCCGGCAAGGGGCUUCAUGGCGAACCUCCUUGCAGAUCAGCAAGGGUACAGGGCGUACAGUCCUGCGUAUUUGAAGCUUGCGCAGGAUAUAAGGGCCUACUUGCGUGCUCGCGCCGCCGCUGCUGCCGCCACGGGGCAGACGGCGGAAGGAAUGCAGAAGGCAACGCCUGCAAGUGACAGCCGGUACUCGCCCGAGCAGCUCACAGGGGCCUCGUCUGUGUAUGGCUGGGGGGGAUCCAGGCCGUUGGAGGCGCUGUCUCCGCUGUAUCUCGGAGAACGGUAUGCAUAUGGCAUCACUGGGGCGAACGAGACUCAGGGAUACGAAUACGGCACGAUGGGGGGAUCGAUUGCGCUGGACAGGGAGGCCGUGAGGCUGGUGGUGGCUUGCAUCGAAAGCGGGAAGUGCACUUGUCCUCCGGAUGGAACUGCGGAUGACAUGCUGCUGGGCAUGUGGCUAAAGCAGCUCCGGGUGCCUCUGGUGCAUGCUAGGGGCCUGCACCAGGAGAAGCCUGCGGACUAUCAUCCUUUGCUCGUCGAAGCAGUCACACCCGUCUCCUUCCACAGGAUGCAGCAGUCGGUGAACGCUACGAAAAAGCUAUUUGCGGACUAUGUCAACAUUAGCGACCACAGUGCAAGUGUGGGGGCCAGCAGCAGUGGCAAGGCGCUCAGCGCGGAGGAGCUCGUGGAGGUGGAUUGGAUCGACUACGACUGGCACCACGUUGAAGAGCAUCUCUGGCUAGAGCGCGAGGAGCUUCAAGAACUCGAAGAGGAUUAUAGUCUCCUGCACAAGGGUGUUGGCGAUAUUUUUAGCCGGAAGGUCACCCGGGGCAUCAGGCCGAUGACGCCAGAGGAGUUGCUUGAGCACGACGAGCUUGAGGAGCUGUCUGCGUUUCACGACGAGCUCUGA